UGCAAGAAGGGAAGGGUGACCCAGUCUCCCUGCAGCUGCUCCUGCAGUGAAAAGUGUCUCAGCACUGCCGGGACCACCACCACCACCAGCAGCAGGAUCAUCCAGCUGUGCGGCAGGGGGAGAAAGAGGCCAGAGGGGCUUGCAAGAAAGAGCUCUCCUCUCCCCGUCGCUCUCCGCAGCCGGCGAGUCUUGAGCCAGGGAAAGGGGAAAGUUUCUCCUUGCAGAUAAUUAUUCACCUUUAUUGUUUAUUAUUCACGUUUUAUAUCCGGCUCUUCCUCCAAGGAGCCCAGAGCGGUGUACUACAUACGUGAGUGGCUCCUCACACCAACAAUCUGUAUACUUUCCCCUCCUUCCCGGCCCUCCCAUGUGAUCGGAUCCAGAGUAAGGAGGACUGGACUUCUGCCUGGAGUCAGGUCCAAGAGUCACAUGACAAUAGGAAGAUGAAAAAUGGGGGGAAACCCAGCAGAGUAUUGUUAGAAGGUGACAGACAUAUAAAGAGAAACCAGAAGAGAAUAAAACCUGGAGCAGAAGGGAAGAGCAGGAAUGGAUCACCUGCUUCUCAGCAUGACAUCCAAAACGUCAUGAAUCAAGGAAGACGGAAAAGCCUGUGCCCGCCUCAUAGGAAAGGCUUGAGUCUUGAACCAAACUUUGAACCUCAGUUGGAAAUGUACACAGAGAAGAAGGUGUGUGAGAGCUUGGAGUGUGGAAAUGGCUUCAGCAGGGGUGGAGCUCUUACUCUGCACUAUAGAACCUGCAAUGGGGAGAAAACACAUAAAUGCUCUGUGUAUAGAAAGAGCUUCAGCAGUAGUAGAAAACUUACAUUACACCAAAGAAGCCACACUGGGGAGAAACCAUAUGAAUGCUUGGAGUGUGGGAAGAGCUUCAGCCAGAGUGGACAUCUUAUAUUACACCAAAGAACCCACACAGGAGAGAAACCACACAUAUGUCCGGAGUGUGGAAAGAGCUUCAACUGUAUUGGAAAUCUUACAUUACGCCAUAGAACCCACACUGGGGAGAAACCAUAUAAAUGUUUUGACUGUGGGAAGAGCUUCAGCAGUAGUGGACAACUUACUGUACACCAUAGAACCCACACUGGGGAGAAACCACAUAAAUGUUUGGAGUGUGGGAAGAGCUUCAGCCGGAGUGCACAUCUUACAUUACACCACAGAAGCCACACUAGGGACAAACCACACACAUGUCUCGAGUGUGGAAAGAGCUUCAACAGUAGCAGAGAUCUUACUGUACACCAUAGAACCCACACUGGGGAGAAACCACAUAAAUGUCUGGAGUGUGGAAAGAGCUUUAGCAGUAGUAGACAACUUACUGUACACCGUAGAACCCACACUGGGGAGAAACCACAUAAAUGUUUGGAGUGUGGGAAGAGCUUCAGCCGGAGUGCAUGUCUUAAACGACAUCAUAGAACCCACACUGGGGAGAAACCAUAUAAAUGCUUCGAGUGCGGAAAGAGGUUCAGCCAGAGUGGAGAUCUUACAUUACACCAUAGAAGCCACACAGGGGAGAAACCACAUAAAUGUUUGGAGUGUGGGAAGAGCUUCAGCCGGAGUGCACAGCUUAAACGACAUCAUAGAACCCACACUGGGGAGAAAUGAUAUGAAUGCUUGGAGUGUAGAAGAGCUUCAGCCAGAGUGAAGUUCUAAAAAUCAAUCAUAGAACCCACACUGGGGAGAAAUCACAUGCAGGCGUGGCCCAUGAAAGUGCCUCCGUGGGUUUGGUGGGCAGCUUCUUAAUGUGUAAACGGAGCUGGUUCUCCAUGCUGCCCAGCAGCUCCCACGGCGGGGAAUCGCCUCAGCAACUCACCUGGCUGCUGGCGGGGGCUCAUCUCCAUGGGAGCCAGGUGAGUGGUGGAGGUAAUUCCCCACCGCAGGGGCUGCUGGGCGGCACAGAGCACCGGCUCCGUUUACACUUAAAUAAGCCACCCCCUGCCCGCCCCCCGGAGGCUCUCUCACGGGCUGCGCCUGACCACAUGAAUGCUUUGAGUGUGGGAAGAGCUUUAGCAGGAAUGACACUCUUAGUUUUCAUCUUAGAACUCAUACUGGAUAGAAAUCACAUAAAUCCUUGAAAUUUGGACAGAAGUUCAGCAGGAGCGAAUCUCUUACUAGGCAUCAUAGAAUUCACACUGGGGAGAACCCUUUAAUUUCCUUUGUGGCAAGAUCUUCAGCUGGAAUGAAGAACUUAUACAUCAUAGAAACCAUGCUUGCAGUAUGGAAAGAACUUCAGGAGAAAGAAAUGCCUUACUGCACAUGCGCAAACUCAUGCAUUGUAUAAAUCGUACACAUGAAACUUCAGACAAGCCUGGGAAUCUUCCUCGUUUGUGUGAAAUAUGAAACCUCAUAAGAUUUCCUCUUCUGAUUCAAUUUCCUUUUCCCUUCGUUGCUUUUGAAAUGUCUUGGGAACUUGUAUUGGCAGAUGUGUUUUUGUGUCCUGUUAUGUACAAAUCUGCAUAAUUGGUUCAAAUUAAUUAAUGAAUAUUACUGUUUCA